AUGUCGUCCCAGGUUGCUAAAGCCGCACGUCGUGUGACUAAUGAACUUCACGGCGUGGUCGUGUCUGCCGGACUAAUGCAAAAGACUGUCAAAGUUCGCGUAGGCGGCCAGAAGUGGAACAAAGUUGUGAACAAGUGGUUUCCUGACCCCAAACAAUAUCUUGUGCACGAUCCCAACUCAUCGCUGCGAACAGGAGACGUCGUAUCCAUCGUCCCUGGGUGGCCAACUUCGCGGCAUAAACGACAUGUUGUGAAGCAUAUUAUCGCACCAUUUGGUGCCCCUAUAAAUGAGCGACCACCUGUCCCAACGCUUGAGGAGCGGAUAGCAGAUCGAGAGGCGAAGAAGGCUGCGAAACUCGAACGAAGGUCACUGACAGCGAGGAACUAA